AUGUCGAAGCCAAAAUUACACUCCCUCCCACUGAGUCUCUUAGCACUUCUAGGGGUUGCCCUAGCCGGCGUCUCAGCUUCAGCUUCAGCAUCACCACCAGCCGCCGAGAAGCCAUCCUCACCCUCAUCAUCAGCACAAUCGGACGAAGUGGAACUCAUCUGCCACACCUCCGACCCAGCAGACUGCUACCCCAAGAUCUUCCAACCCACACACGAGUUCCAGAUCGUCCACCCAGACCAAGAUCUUCCCACGGGUCUUCACGUUCGUCUGAACAUCUACACCGGCCAAAAAGAAGCCAAGAUCAACGUCCCCGAUGAAGCUGUCGACCCGUCCCUUGAGGGUCUCCCAGUCGACAACUCCAUCGUGAUCGUCGACCCAGAAGAUUCCUCAGAACCAGAAAAACAGCAAAGUCAGGGGCAGCCCCUCAAACCGCCCAAAAAUGCGCCCGCCUACGACCCACACGGCAAGAUCAAGGAGCCCAAUAUGGAAACCGCCGAGGCCCAAGAUGAAAGCUCAGCCUUCUACAAGUCCCUAGCCAUCCUCAAGAAGGGCCUGGACAUCGAUCAAGCACUCGACAUGCUUGAGGAGAUUUCCCACGAUAUUUACUACGGGCUUAAGAUCGCUGAGGACUAUGAUACCGUCCGCGAGUUAUUCUGUCUGGCUAACUCGCCGUCCAUCAUCUCUUCUUCUUCAUCAUCUUCCUCCUCCUACUCCUCAUCCGGUUCCACCUCCUCUUCUUCACCAGAGACACCAGAAGCAGGAGGACCCUCAGAAAACGACCUCACCCGGUCCCGCCUAGCAGCUUCCAUCAUUUCAUCUACUGUGCAAAACAACCCCAAAGCUCUGGCGGAAAUCACCAAGCACUGGCCCACGCUUCAACAAGACCACUGCACCAAGUCCAAAUCCAAGGACGCCUCUGGCUCGGAACCCCUCCGAACCUCCGCCUUCCGUCUUCUGCCAUCUCUCCCCUCGUCUGGCUCCCCGUCCGACUCCGGACCCAUUCCCUCAAUCCCUCCCUCCCUAACCAAAGCCCGCAUAUCCGCCAUCUCCGGCCUUUUGAAAUCCCCCUUGAUUCGACAAUCUUUUCUCGCUGCUGGCGGCAUGGACCACCUCCUCCAGGUCCUUCUUUCCGACGCAUCCCAGUCUCAGGGUCAGGGCGCCGCCGAGGAAUGGGAAAAACUCCGUCGCCAAGCCGGCCACUUGAUCCUCGAUAACUUUUUGGACGCAGACAUGGGAGCCGUUUUGGGCGAGUGGCCCGGUGCUACUGGGGACGUGCAGGCUAGCGAUAAGGAGUGUGCUAGCCGUGCUGCCAGCCGUGGUGAUGGGGAGAAGAAGGAGGGUCAGGCUGACUGUUGGGAUUGGCACGCCAAGCAGCUUGCGGAUAGGUACAAGAAGGAAGGAAAGGGAGGGGAGGGGCAUUGGAGCUGGGAGUUGUGGAAUAAGUUGAAGGAGCAGAGGAAGAAUGCUUCCAGUAACAAAAAGGAGGAGUUGUGAUGGGAGCCUGGUUGUGGUUUGCAUCAUGGCUGGAGUUGUGUUCUAGGCUCAUUAAAGGGCAUCAUGUAGAAAAAGAGUUCAUACCCGCAUGUUUUGGAGAUACGAUACCACGUCAAUCAACUUGAAGCGAC